AUGCCGACCAUAACACCCUUCGUCCGAGUAUACGACCCAUCAACCGAUUACCAGAAUGGUCUUCACGUGUUCCUGACAACCAUCGACCCUGGCCUCGACUGGGAACCAGCGCGAACUGUAGGCUCACACCUCUGGUACAAAGUCUACGCCGAUGUGACCCCAGAAACAUGUCACGUACUAGACGACGGUGAUGGACGCGUGGUGGGUUACUGUAUCGGCGCAGUGGAUACAACGGCUUUCGCGCAGCGCUGGCGCGACGUGUUCACUCAGACUAUAGACCCAAAACUCGUACCACAUCCGAACGUUCAGACCGGCGAUCCACAGAUGGAGAGACAGGAUAUCAAGCAUUUCCGAAGGGCCGUGUAUGAGGCGGACUGCAGCAUGCUGCAACCAUGGCCACAGAUGUUGGAACGAUACCCAGCGCAUUUACAUAUUGAUAUUUUGCCAGAGUAUCAGAGAAAAGGAUGGGGAUCAGCUCUCAUGACCAGCUUUUUGGGCACUGCGAAGAGCUCAGGUGCUGUGGGAGUACAUCUUGACAUGGUGCAGUCGAAUACGAGUGCAAGAGCUUUCUACGAGAAAGUUGGUUUUCAGAUAUGUCCACAAGUUCUGGAUGACGGUACGAGUGGUCAGCCUGGUGUCAACGGCAUCGUGGUCACACUUGUGAUGAGUCUCUGA